GGUGAGGGAGGAGGGGCUCUCUACCUGUCACUCAACACAACCACGACACGAAUCAUUCUUGAAGCGGAAAAAUACGGGAGGAAGGAAUCAUUGCUGCUAAAGCUGAAGUAAGCCUGGAAUCAAGAGCUGAAGUGCUUAAGUAAUCCACCAAACCCAGCCCCAGAGAGACCUGGCACGAAGGCAAAUUCCUCGGAACUUAGGCUGUUAGAGUAAUUGUAAGAAGAAAAGGCGGUGGUUCAGACAACCCUCGAACGGAUCACAAGGCAAUGGAGUGGACGGUGGUGUUGGUGUACUGCCUGCUGCUCACCCAAGUCCUCGUUGUUGAUAAUUCGAGCACACUGUGGAAGCGUGGUAGCAAGGUGAGGGUGUGGUACUGCGAUGACGUGGACAAGGGGCUAACGACCGACCACAGGAUGCGAAUAGUCCUCUUCGGUGAUGCUGAUUGGGACGACCCCGGCAACUGUGACGACACCAGCGAUACCGCAGUUUGCUCUGAUCUACCAACACUGUUGGAUGCUCAGCAGGUCCACACCUUCACCUACAACGAUGCCGAUAAGUACGGGGUGUACUACGAGUGUAACUCAGGCCUCUCCUUCCUGUCGGGCAACCCUGGCCGCCUGACGCAGUGUGUGGCGGGAUCCUGGACUACUAUCGACGAUAUCUGUUUGGAAGAUUGUGAUCUGCCUCGUGAUUGUUGCGCAGUGGCCGAAAAAUACGGCUUCAGCAACUCCGAUGGCCAGGAGUAUUUGGUGUCGCCAUCUAACAACACAGAUGAUGAUGAUGAUAUCACGGUCAAGUGUGAUUUAGGGGACACACCCGACUCCCCUGAUGGAAGCUGGACGUUAGUACUCCAACAUUAUGCAUCCUCGAAUCUCCACCUCACCCUCCAGCAGUACAUCGAUGGCCACGGCAACCCCAGCGACACAGGGUCUUAUUUCAUCGGACUUAAGAACCUGGUGGCUUUCAACUGGGACGACAGCACCGAACGACCUCUCGUUAUGAAGCUCAUGAUGGAGGCGUCCUCUGCUAACCUGUACGCCUCCUACGGGGAUGUGGUAAUCACCAAGGACACCUUCACCUUGCAGAGGCUCGGCACCUACCAUGGCAACGCAGGUGAUAAUCUGGCAGACAGCAUUGGCAAGAAAUUUUGUGAGGGUGUUGGACCAAACGACACUGACCCUUGUUGGUGGGGCGGCGAAGAUACCGGGCGUAACAGCUUCCUGACAAGCGCUACACCCAUCUGGGGAACAACGAAUCUCAUCUCUGUGACUGUGUGGGUCCGUCCAAAGUAUUGCGACGAAGUCCAUUGUCCGGAUGACUAUGUGAUGGCUGUAGGCGGAACCGUCUGCUUUUACUUCUCCGAUGUACCGGCCACUAAUCAUAUGGAUGCUCUGGCACGCUGUGAAGAGAUGGACUCCUCGCUGGCCUUCAUUAGUAACGUCGACGAUUUGAAGGAGUCAGAUAAUCAGAAGUUCUACUUGACGGGCCACAUCCUCAGGAGGGACGGAGACGUUUACCCAUCCAUCAUUGGAUCUUUUAGCGACCAUAACUUUGCCUGUAAUGACGACAGAUGUCCAACGAAGAAACGAGAAAUGUGUGUAUUAUUGCGUGAUGGAGGUUUCUACAGUGAAGCAUGGUGUAACUUGGACUCACGAUACUUCGCCUGUCAGAUGCCAGUGAUGUGCCCUCCUGACUACACGGCCCACAAGUCUCGUUGUUACAAGGUCAUGGAGAUGUCUAACUCCACCUUCCUGAAUGCUCUGGACUCCUGUAACUUUGAUGGUGCAGCUUUGGCCUACCCUCAGGACGAAAACAUUUUUAACUUCAUAACCCAGCUAGUCAAGAUGCAAGUGAAUUCAUCCCUCGGUGGUACAGUCAACCUAGCCCUAGGCUACAACACUGUGUGGGAAAACAUGACGAUAGAUAACAUGUACACAUCCGUGACAACAGAGGUGAACACUCUGAUGAACAGUGUGACGCGCACCCCAGGCUAUGACUACACCUUCCUCAACUUGCAACUGGAUAGUCUAAAUUGGAAUCUGAUCCAGGCCAGUGAUGCAGACACCACCUCCUAUGCCAUCUGUGAAUUUAGGGGCCCCCUUGGAUGUUGGAAUGAUAUCCCAACUCCUCUAAACAUGUCGGUCACCUAUUCACUGAAUGCCAAUAGGAUAAACCAGAAAGUUACAUACACCUGCACACCUGGGUACUUCGUCAAUGGCCAGGUGGGGAACAAUACACCACAGUAUCGCUAUUGUCAUGGUCAACUUGGCGGUUGGAUGCCCAGAGACCAAGCUCUGGUACCCUGCAUUGGUGUUGAUGUAUGCAACGAGGACUUCCCACCGAAGCUUGCAGACAUGGAUUUAAAUGAACAGCGGAAUCCGCGCUAUGAGACUCACACCCUGAAGUAUCAGUGCAAAUACCCAGACAUGACAAACCAGGCUGGACUGAGAGACCAAAUUCUCACCUGCACCCCAUACAAUGGCACUGAAUUCAACAGCACCCACCGCUAUGUCCCUGACAAUGUAACCGUGUGUGACAGAUGCUUCAGGAACCCAGAUGUCCGCAAUGCUGUCACUAACUUUUCAACUCAAACCAUGUAUCUGAUAGGUGACACCCUAAUAGCCACCUGCGACUAUAGUCACCGAGUGGCCCACCAAGUUGAUACUCAGGUGGUCAACUGCACUAAUAAUGGCUGGCAAAAGUUGCCCUGUCAAAAAGUGUGUUUGUUGGAACCGGUGGUGAUCAACGCCACCACAGACUGGGAGGACAACAUGUGGACUGUAGGAGAGACGGUUAAAGCUACCUGUAAGGAUGAUUUAUACUUCGCCAUUCUUAAGUCUCAGACCCAUCAUGUCAAGUGCACAGACAGCGGCUGGUCCUCUGACCCGUACUGUCAACAAGUCUGCUUGGACACCCCAUAUGUGGCAAAUGCGACAGUGAACUUGGAGGACAAGAUGUGGGUAGUGGGUUCGGCGCCCAUGGCCACCUGUAACUCACAACACAUGUUCAUCGCAGAGAAGUCUAACACAAAGCCGCUCCCCUGUACCAGUCAGGGCUGGCAACAGGUGACUGGUUGUGACAAAGUGUGUGAGAACCCGGAAGUAGAGGGUGCCAUCAUGAGUGGGCCAUCAGAGAUGUGGCCGGUGGGGGUCAGAGUUAAUUUCACCUGCAGCUCAGGCUACUCCCUUAUACCUUCCGGAGAUACAGUCCAGCAAGUAUUGUGUGCUGAUGAUGGGUGGAAGUCAGAGCCUUGUCAGAAACUGUGUCAGCUUGAGCCGGAAGUGAUUAAUGCCACCACGGACUGGCAGGACGACCUCUGGCCUGUGGGCACAGCAGUCAAUGCUGCGUGUGAAGGCGAUCUCAUCUUCGUUGGAGACAGAUCCAACAUCCGCCCGGUCUUCUGUACUGAUACCGGCUGGGAGAAUGAACCAGCCUGCGAGGAAAAAAUACCAAGUGUAUUGUGCAGUUUGCAACCACAGGUGGGCAAUGCUAGCACCACCUGGGAUAACAUUACCUGGUGGGUGGGUGGGGUUAUAACAGCCACCUGUGACCACCUCCACUACUUCCUCAACGGCUCCACAAAGGAGACACAACUCACAUGCACCACCCAAGGCUGGGAAAACAUAACCGGCUGUGAGAAAAUCCUCAGUGUAGCAUGUAAUGAGGAGCCAUUGGUGGUGAAUGCCACUACCACCUGGGUGAACAGAACCUGGUGGGUGGGGGAGGAGAUCAACAUCACAUGUAACUCAGAUCACAAGUUCAUCCCUGAGGACACUUACAACCAGCUGAUGGAGUGUAGUGAGGACGGUUGGGACAACAUGACUGGCUGCCAGGAAUAUAAUAUAGGUGAAAACUGCUAUGUACCACCUGUCAUAGAAAAUGGAAACAGCGCCUGGGUGAACCGGACAUGGCUCGUGAGGGAGACUGUGGUAGCUACCUGCUCCCCUCAGCAUAUAUUUGUUGCAGAAAAUGCAACAGAGCGCCAUGUUGUAUGCACUGACUAUGGCUGGGAGAAUGUAACUGCAUGUGAGAAAGUAUGUGAAGGAGAACCGACUGUAGAAGGAGCCACUACAGACUGGUCAUUGUCAGGGGUGUGGAUGGUGGGAACCAUUGUUAAUGCCACCUGUAUCUCAGGCCACUACUUAAUACCCUCUGGCGACCAAGUGCAGAUCAUACAGUGUACUGAUGAUGGCUGGGAUAAUGGCACAACAGCCUGUAUGGAAGGGUGUGUAGAUAAGCCCGACUUUGGUAAUGUUACCUCAAACUGGGUAGCAAAGGCAUGGAAGACAAAUGAGAAUGUGACGGUCUCCUGCCCUGACCAACAUUUUACCAGAGACAGAUUGGAAAACACAAGCUUCACAUGCACCUCAGAUGGCUGGGUGAUUGACUAUCCUUGCAUUAAAGCCUGUGAAGGAAAUCCAAGUGUGGUGAAUGCUAACGUGAGCUGGGUAGAAGGGAUAUGGCUGGAAGGGGAGAAGGUAACUGCCAUUUGUAAUGAACAACACCACGUCCACUGGGGCACUAUCUCCUAUACUAUCCCCUGUACCAGUGAGGGCUGGGAUAACUCCACCACCUGUGUUUUCUGUAAGUAUAUAUACAAUAUCGUACAGUUAUUUUCUCAUAAAAAGAAUGCUUGCCUCAGUAAGUAAAUAAAUAUCAAAUUUUCAAAGUAUUCCAGAUCAGGUAAAGUAGAUCAAAAUUAUGAGCUACAGUAUUUUCAAACGUAUAAUAUUGUUUUUUUACGAUGACAGUUGUCUCGAGUAACCUCAUACAUUUAUGUUGUACAAUAAUUCUUCAUAAAUUCUCCAUUUGACAGCAGGAGUUAAUAUGCUAGACUUGGAUUCUUAGUUUAUAAUUGAAUGAAUUCCUUUUAUUAAUUUUUACAUUGACAUUAAAUAAAAAAGUGAAUACCUGUAUAGUAAUGUGGGGUGGGUUGGUUGCAAGCGUUGAGUAGAGAGAGCUGGUUGGUGAGGAUGCUCAGAG